AGUCGAGGAAAUAAGCGCACGUGUUCUCAUAGGACAAUUAACUUGUCACUGCGAGUGCGAUUUCUGAUAUUUGAAGUGUAUUUGUUGUGCACAAAGAAAACUAUUAUUCUAAUAAUUAAGGGAAAAGUAACGACAGUUAGCACUAUAUGACAUUUUCAAUCAAUGCGUCAGUAAAAAUAGUUCGAAUCAGAAACACGUGUACCGUUGCCGUCUAGGGGAAGACAAUUGUGGGUAUAUACUAUUUAUGUUCGUCGAUUAUCCCAGGUUGUGUUUGAUGACAAAUUCUGUUGGGUGCUGGCGAUAAAACAAUACUUGGAGAAAGGUAUAUGAAGUCGGAAGUAUGUUUAUGGGAACGUGAUACUGGAGGCUGGGUAAAUGUUAGCUAUGGAUAUUGCGGUCGCAAUUCUGUUCUCCGUUCUUAUGGUGACGAACUUGUGUGCGGGAGUUACUGAAGAAGAUGAAGGCGUGAAGUAUGCAAACAAAUGUGAAGUAUGCAAAGUUCUUGCAGUAGAACUAGAAUCUCGACUUGAAGAAACGGGAAAAAAGCGUGAUGUCCUGGAGAUAGGAUAUUCUCUAGAUGAUGUGAAACCAAAGAAGAAGUACAAAUAUGAAAAAUCGGAACUUCGCCUGAUAGAGUCUCUGGAAGGCAUAUGUGACAAAAUUCUUGAAUAUAACAUCCACAAGGAGAGGAGUGACAGUACAAGAUUUGCAAAAGGAAUGAGCCAGACAUUUCAGACACUUCAUGGUCUGGUAAACAAAGGAGUGAAAGUGGAAUUAGGUAUACCAUAUGAGUUGUGGGAUAAGCCUUCUGUUGAAAUUACGAACUUGAAAAUUCAGUGUGAGACAUUAUUGGAAGAUUAUGAGUCCGAUAUUGAAGAUUGGUACUGGCGGCGCCAGGGAGAUAUCUCUCUAAAAACAUUUCUGUGCUCACAACGUGCUUUGAAAGGCAAUGAUGAUUCAUGCCUAAAUCAAACACUGAAACCACAAAAGAAAGAAGAAAAUAAUGAAUUAGAUGAGACUGAGAAAUCAGAAAAAGAUGAACUUUAGUUAAUUUGAAUGCUUAGUAAACAUAGGCAUCACAUGAAAGGGGUCACAUUGACCGUUAGGAAUUAAUGUGCAGGUAAACUGUCACAGGCUGUAUUUUACUUUUGCUUUAUUAUUACAUUUCCUCAUCAGGAGAGAGCAUCUUCAGAUAUUCAUUUCUCCGAUAGCUUUAAAUUUUUAACAUGUUGCCACCAGGGCAAUGAAUAUUGUAAUACACUCAUGUCUCAUUAUUAAAACUAGAAAUAGAGCAAAUAAUAUGAGACCUGUGACAGUUCACCUCUAUAUUAAUCUGCAUUUGUUGCAACUUCUUUAUACCAAACAUCUUUGUAUUAGCUUAGUCAUAUGAAGUCUGAUUAUACCAUUUAGAGUUCAUUAAAGCUUUUAUUUUUUGUAU